AUGCUGGCCACCGACUCGAUAUCUCACAUCCCGGUAUGGGGGUGGGUUGCCAUCACUGCGGCCCUCCUCUGUGCGUGGGCAGCCAGUUUCCGCUACCAAAAGGGCCUCAACAAGUACAAGGGACCAUUCAUCGCUUCUUUUACCAACUUCUGGCGGCUGUGGCAGUGGGUGUGGUACACCGACAGAUGUGCCUACCCCAGUGUGGUCAAGUAUGGAAAAAUCAUCCGGGUUGGGCCCAACACGUUGUUAUUCAAUGAUCCCGAUGCCAUCAAGGACAUCUACAUGACCCAUUUCUCCAAGUCCGACUUCUACAAGGUUGGUCAGGGAGUCUCGCGGGGAGUGGCCGUACCCAACAUCUUCUCCACCACAGAUCGCAUCUACCAUGGCAAGCUGCGGCGAUCAGUGGCCAACGCCUUCGCCUUGAGCACGCUUGUCAACUAUGAGCCGUAUGUGACCGACACAGUCACCACGUUCCUCACUCAGCUAGACCAGAGGUUUGCGGGUCGACCUGGACCGGAUGGCAUUUGUGACAUGUCUGAAUGGACAAAGUUCUUCGCCCUGGAUGUGGUCAGCGCGUUGACAAUGGGCAAAGGCUACGGGCUAUUGGAGGCCGGGUAUGAUCACAUUGGCAUCAUCGAGGCCCGAACGACCUUCUUGCGCUACUUCACCAUUGUCAACAAUGUCACUUGGCUCGACCGCGUGCUCAAGAAGAACCCGGUUCUCCUGUGGCUCGGCCGAAUGGGCCUCUGGAACAGCGUGACGGCGACGGUGCCCAUCGCACAGCGACAACUCGACCAGAAGAAACGCGACUUCAAGGGCGUCAACGAGAACGAGAAGACGCGCGUGGAUCUGCUCACCAAGUUCCUCCAGGCCAAGGUCGACAACCCGGACAUUGUCGACGACCGCGCCGUCUUGGGACUGACGCUCUCGAUGGUCAACGCCGGCAGCGGCACAGUCGCCACCACGCUGGCCGCGACAUUUUACUUCCUGCUCAAGUACCCACACGUGAUGAAGGAGCUCGUGGCCGAGAUCGACUCACACUUCCCGCCGCCGAGCGCCACCGGCAAGGGCACAAGCCCGAUCAACUUUGCCGAAUACGUGGUGCCGUUCGCCGAGUCACAGAAACUGCCCUUCCUGGACGCCGUGCUCAAGGAGAUCUUCCGCCUCUGGCCCGGGCUGGGCAUGCAGCUGAUCGAGCGGGUCACGCCGCCUGAGGGCGCACACAUCCUGGGCGAGUACAUCCCCGGCAACAUCAUCGUCAGCUGCAACGCGUGGAUCAUGCACCGCCACAAGCCCACCUACGGCGAGGACGUCGAGGUCUUCCGCCCCCAGCGCUGGCUGGACGCGACGCCCGAGCAGCAGGCCGCCAUGAACAAGGCGCUGCUCGUCUGGGGCGCCGGACCCAACACGUGCAUCGGCAAGAACAUUGCGUUUUUGGAGCUGUACAAGGUGGUUCCUUCGAUUCUGAGGAUGUUCACUCUCGAACUCGCCGACCCCGAGAAGGAAUGGAAGAUCUUCAACCUGGGCGAUCCCGAGCCGUCAGAGUUCUUUGUCCGAUGCCAGCCGAGAUAUCGGAAGAUGUUGAUGUAA